UUCCGCCUCUCGGUCCCGCCCCAGGCCGUAGAGGCGGAGGUAAAGGCAUCUCUGGACUAUUAAUACAGUGCCGGUUGAGGGACAACUCUUCCAGCUCUUCAGGAGAAAUGCAACGUCCUCUCUCUUUCAGACAAAUUAGCAUUCCAAAAGGUUGGGGAUACCUGACCAUUAUACCACCAAGAAACUUACUGUGUAUGAGAAGUAACUUUCUCUUUGGUUCAAGAUGUUGGAUGAUCCAAUUUUCAGCAGAAAUCCUCCUUAAAUCAGUUUCACUUAGACUUUUUAGUGUGAAGUGUGGUAAUGCCAACAGUGAGUCUUUGGAGAAUGAAAAAUUACUGAAUAACUUACUUACAAUGGGAGUUGAUGUUGACAUGGCGAAAAAACGACAGCCUGGAGUUUUUAAUAGGACGGGAACUAAAGAGCAAGAGCUGAAGAUGUUCCUUCUGUCCAAAGGAGCUAGCAAAGAAGUGAUUGCUAGCGUUAUAUCAAGAUAUCCACGAGCCAUAACACGCACACCUGAAAGUCUUUCAGAACGGUGGGAUCUGUGGAGAAAAAUUAUGACAUCAGACCUUGAAAUUAUAAAUAUUUUGGAACGUUCUCCCGAAUCUUUUUUUCGAUCUAGUAAUAACCUAAACUUAGAGAAUAAUAUAAAGUUCUUCUAUUCAGUUGGAUUGACCCAUAAAUGCCUUUCUCGAUUAUUGACCAAUGCCCCACGUACCUUCUCAAACAGUCUAGAUCUGAAUAAACAGAUGAUUGAGUUUUUGCAAGAAGUCUCUUUGUCUUUGGGUUACAAUAAGCCCAGAGAUUUUGUUAGGAAGAUAAUUUUAAAAAACCCUUUCAUCUUAAUUCAGAGUACCAAACGGGUAAAAACUAACAUUGAAUUUUUACAGUCAACGUUCAGCUUGAACAAUGAGAAGCUGCUUGUUCUGCUCUGUGGUCCAGGAGCUAAAAUUCUAGACCUUUCCAAUGACUAUGUCAACAGAAACUACACAAAUAUCAAAGAGAAGCUGCUUUUUCUUGGGUGUACUGAAGAAGAGAUACACAAGUUUAUCUUACGCUAUCCAGAUGUUAUCUUCUUGGGAGAGAAAAAAUUCAAUGAUAAAUUAGACUGCCUCAUAGAAGAAAAACUCAGCAUAUCACAAAUAAUUGAAAAUCCUCGGAUUUUGGAUUCAAGCAUAAAUACUUUAAAAAGUCGAAUCAAAGAAUUGGUAAAUGCUGGCUAUAACUUAAGUACAUCAAACAUCGCUCUGUUAUCUUGGAGUCAAAAAAGAUAUAAAGCUAAACUGAAAAAGUUAAACAUUGAAUAGAACAUUGUUCUGGAAAAUUAAAAAGUGUCAGUCUUGGGACGCCUGGGUAGCUCAGUGGAUUAAAGCCUCUGCCUUCAGCU